GCUCAGUUGGCCGCCAGCGCCCACACUGACAGAAAAGCGCUGCGCUUUCUUGUGGCGGCUGCAGCUCGGCAAGCGAGAAGGGGCGCUAGGUGAGCCUGCGGGCUGCAAAUGCCAGUUCUACUGAUCAAUAGUGAAACUUGAAAGGCUCAAGGCUCAAGCUGAGCUCUGCUUGAAUUGUGGAGACCGCAUGGAGUAAUUUUGGAAAGAAGUUAUUCAUCACGGUUUGGCUGCGCCACCAUGCCGAUCUUCCAGCCAUACCGCGCCCUCGGGUACAUUACGGAGUCGACGCCAUUCAGCGUCCAAAAGCGUGGGCAAGAUGUCUACGUGACAGUCAGCAUUGGGAAGGCCUGGCAGAUAUACAAGUGCGGAAAGCUGCAGUUGACAUUCGUAGGCCCCCCCUUGGAGAAAAAUAUCAGGGCGCUCGCCUCUCGCAGGGACGUCACUUUUGCGGCGUAUGGGCGCAAAAUUGGCGUCUUUAAUCGGGCACAUCAGGUGGCAACCUGGGAGGGGCACACCGGCAAGAUCGUCCAGCUCCUGGUUCUGGGCAGCCACCUCUUGAGCAUAGGCGAUGACCGCAAGCUGCUCUUAUGGCCCCUCGGGAGGCCCGACGUGACGGAGCCGGAGGCCGAAAUCGAACUAGAGGACGGUUUCCAGCCAACAACGAUCAUGCAUCCCGACACAUACUUGAACAAGGUCCUCAUUGGCAGCGAAGACGGCCGCCUCCAGCUUUGGAACAUUUCUAGCCGUCAGAUGGUCUUCCAGUUCGACGGCUGGAAAUCGCCCGUGCGCUGCGCCGUUCCCUCACCUGCACUCGACGUCGUCGGCGUCGGCCUCGCCGAUGGUCGAGUUAUCGUCCAUAACCUCAAGUUUAACGAGACGGUUAUGACGCUAACCCACACCUUCGGCGGCCCCGUAAACGCCCUCUCCUUUCGCACCGACGGCCGGCCGCUGCUGGCCGCCGGGAACGGGAACGGUAUGGUAACGGUUUGGGACCUUGAAAAGAAGCAGCUGAGCACGGUCAUCAAGGACGCACACGAUGGGCCCGUGACUGCGCUCUACUUCUUCCCGAGCGAGCCCGUGCUGAUGUCAGCGGGGGCGGACAACUCGCUCAAGAUGUGGAUCUUUGACCAGGAGGACGGGGCGGCGAGAUUGCUGAGGUUUCGGUCGGGGCACAGCGCGCCCCCGUGCGCCAUUCAGUAUUACGCUUCGGGCAGGCAUAUUCUGUCGGCGGGGAACGACCGGGCGUUCCGGCUCUUCUCGACUAUCCAGGACCAACAGAGCCGCGAGCUGUCCCAAGGCCACCUGGCCAAGCGCGCGAAACGAUUAAAGCUGCGGGAAGAAGAACUGAAGUUGGCGCGAGUGACGGGUUUCGCGGUGUCGGAGGUGCGUGCGCGCGACUGGUGCAACGUGGUCACGUGCCACGAGGGCGACCCGCAGGCUUACACGUGGCGCCUCCAGAACUACGUGAUCGGGGAGCACGUGCUGCGGGCGCCGGGGGGGACGCCGUCGCCAGUCAGGGCGGCAUCCAUCAGCGCGUGCGGAAACUUUGCGGUGAUCGGCACAGCGAACGGGCGGAUCGACCGGUUUAAUCUGCAGUCAGGGAUUCACCGGGGGGGGUACAGCGAGAAGAAGGCGCAGUUCAGCCCGGCGCACGAGGGGGCGGUGGUCGGGGUAGAGUGCGACGGGAGCAAUAAGAUUCUUGUCAGCGGGGGGUACGACGGCCGGAUAAAGGUGUGGAACUUCAAGACGCGAAAACUGAUUGCGUCAUGGCCUGUGGGCUCCCCCCUGGUGCAAAUAACGUUUCACCGGGGGAACGGCCUGAUCGCCGCCGCCUCCGAUGACCUCACGAUCCGGGUGUACGACGCCGCGGCGCACCGGCUGGUGCGCAAGUUUCCGGGCCACGCGGAUCGCAUCACGGGGAUGUGCUUCAGCGAGGACGGCAGGUGGCUGCUGUCCGCAGGAAUGGACGCCACUCUCCGGGUAUGGGACGUGGUCGCGGCGCAACUGUUGGAUGCAAUGAAACUGGACGUCCCAAUUACCGCGCUGUCGCUCAGUCCUGGCAUGGACAUGCUAGCCACCACUCACGCAAACCGGAACGGAAUCUACCUCUGGGCCAAUCGCUUAUUGUACCUGGGCACCACCGAGGGCCAGGCGCUCAGCAGCUCCGAGCCCCGUCAAGUCCGCCUUCCGCUCGUGUCAGCGGACCCUUCGGAAGAGCCGGACCAGAACGGAACAGGUCGGGAAGAACGGGACGGAACGGCAGGGGCCGGCCCCUCGGAUAGACAGCAGCCUCCUACCUUAUUUCAAGAUGCCCCGCACAUCACCAACGAAGGUGAAAGGCGCGACCUGCCCGGCGAGACGAGCGGGCGGGGCCCUGUUCAGCAGCUGACCCCGGAGCUAAUAACCCUGGCAAUGCUCCCGCGAGCCCAGUGGCAGGGCCUCGUGAACCUUGACGUCAUCAAGGAGAGGAACAAGCCGAUCGAGCCCCCGAAGAAGCCGGAGAAAGCGCCCUUCUUCCUCCCCACGCUUCCCAGCGUCUCGGGGGUGCCGCAGUUUAUCGCUGCCGAAAAAGAAACGGAGGGGGCGGAACCGUCUACCGGGAAGAAGCGCGCACCGUCCAGAGUGCUCAAGCACAGCUCGGACGACGACUACCGGUCCGAAUUUGUACGGCGGCUGCACGAAGGAGCGGAGAGUGGGGACUACUCUCCGCUCGUCGCGCUGUUGCGCGAGAUGGCCCCCUCUGCGGUCGACUCGGAGCUGCGCGCCAUGGAGAUCGUGAACCUAGAUGCUGACGUCAGCGAGCAAGAGGAUGACGUCAGGGACGUGGGCGCCCUGCUGGACUUUAUCGCGCACGAGCUGGCGGCCAAGCGCAACUUCGAGCUCAUCCAGGCGCUGCUCAACCUCGCGCUCAAGGUGCACGGGGACGCUAUCAUCAGCAUUCCGCAGUUGCAAGCGAAGGCGGCGCUGAUUCUGCAGCUCCAAUCCGAAAGCUGGGGUAAGCUCGACCAGCUGUUCCAAAACGUGCGGUGCAUGGUUGGGUUUGUCGCAAACACGCAACAAUAGCGCCAUGAGUCAUGCGUGCUUGCUUAGAGGCUUGGUAAGGUUCACAUCAGAGCCGCUUAUGCCGGCGAGUACGGACCAGGAUUGCAUCAGCAGCGCUCAAGAAGACCCGUUUGAUGAAGCCGUUCCAGCCACAUUUGGGCACUUUUGUCAUCUCUACUAGGCUACAGGGCCUUGUGUCUGUUAGAGGCCGCAUAAUAAAAAGUGUUUAUCAACAGUCUCUUUGCAUCAUGUUCUCAAAGUGGCACGACAAGUAGCACGUGCAUCGCACCACCACAUUAGUAUUGGUGGUACUCAGUUGGUGAGAGAGCGGAGGCUUGAGCGCACGAGGGAUUGGGUGGGUAUCGUUGCUAUGAAUGAUAUGGUUGAUAUGGUACAGCUUAGUCACCACGUAGGAAGCUUACUAUGCAUUAUCGUCUACUGUUCGUGGCCUAUUGUAACUGUGCUGAGUUGAUGGUGAAUUGAACACAUGAGGCCAU